AUGACUUCCUCAACUGAAGGCCUUGAGCUUGCUCAAAUUGCUUUCUACGCCGUUGCAUCCCUUCCUGCUACCUACUGCAUCGUCAAACACGGAAAAGCUGGGGUUCUAGGCUGGAUCUACGUAUUCGUCAUGUGUGGUCUGCGUUUAGUAGGGAACGGGAUAGCAUACCAUGCCCUUUCCACAACGGGUGAGCCCAACAGGGCAGCUUCUAUUAUCAGUGGCAUCGGACUUUCGCCACUCUUGCUAGCCGCAAUUGGUAUUCUUCGCGAGUCAAAUUACUCGAUCCAGUCGAAACUGCCAGUCUUUCUUGGUGGAUUCGGUAUGCUGAUUCCCCAUCUUGUCGUUGGUGGCGGUAUUGGGCUUGCAGCGGCAAGUGGAAACCACACAACUCUGCUUGAGGUCGGCUUGAUCAUUUUUGCGACCGGUUGGAUAAUUGUUGUCGGGCUGAUGGUACUUUCUGUCAAAUCAAACGCUCACCGCAGCCGACUCGAGGAUGAGACCAAGCUUCUUCAUGCCGUCAUGAUUGCCUUGCCGCUCAUUGGUGUCCGCCUUAUUUACGCCAUCGCAAUUGUAUUCAAGUACAAGAAUGCUGGUGGCGGAAGUCUAGCCGUCCGGGUCAUUUUUGGUACUUUACCAGAGUUUUUGGUCAUGACUACUUACUUGUCUGCUGGGCUUGUUACUCAUAACUUGGCUCGCCGCCGUUGCCAAAACAAGCCAGGCCCCGCUUCUGCCUCAAACUAUACUCAUGUCACAGUAUAG